AUGCCACCAAACCUCGCCCCCGCGGGGCCAGACAAUGACCGCGGACCACCUUCUGCCACAUCACCUCGACACCAGGACGAUGUCAUAACACCGGUCCGCGAGUCACACGGCCUUAUGAGCGACAAGGCGGAGAGGAGGUUUACCGAAAAAGCAGAAGAUCGGGAGGAAGUUUCCGCCCAUGACGCGGGGUCAGAAGGCCGUCGUGGCGCACGACACAGCGAAAACAGAAACGAUGGCACCAGCAACAGCAACAGCAACAGGUGGCGCGGCUACAUCAAAAAAGAUGGCAAGUUGAGGCCGUUCAGGCUGCUAAAGGAGGAUUUUGGCAACUUCAGAUUGAGGUACCUCUCUGACUGGACCGUAUUCAAUCAGCUUGUCCUGGCGAGCGCGGUAUACGUCUUCUUCACCAAUAUUUUGCCUGGCAUUACGUUUGCGAGCGACUUGUAUGUCUUGACUGGGGAGUCGUGGGGCACGAUUGAGGUGGUGUUUAGUACCGGGCUUUGCGGCAUCAUCUUUGCCUUAACCGUAUAUGACCAGCAGACUAAUGACGGACAGAUCCCCUUCCUACCUUUCAUGGCCUGGUCCCUGAUCCACUCGGGCUGGAUGCACUUCCUCCUGGCCAUCUUCAAUGCCCACGACUACACCAUGCAAUACGUCACCGACUUCAGCGCCGACAUCUUCUCCCUCCUCAACAGCGUAAUCUACUUCCACAAGGCCAUUAGGGAGCUCCAGCGUACCAAAGCAGUCGUUUCUCUCGCCGCCUUCCUCUACUCCAUCAUCGGUGCCGCGGGCACCUGCCUCCUCGCCAUUGCCCUGUCGACGGCCGUGUCGUGGAAGCCUCUGUUCCACCGGUACGUCCGCAUGGGCUUGACCGAGUACGCCGCCGCCAUCUCCAUCGUCUUUUUCAUCGGCAUGCCAUACGUCGGCGACCUGGCGACCCUCGACCACAACAGGCUGGAGGUCUCAAAGUCGUUCCGACCGUCGUCCCCGAGCCGCGAGUACUUUUUCGUCGAAUUUUGGAAGCUCCCCAUCGGCUGGAUAUUCAUCGCCAUCGUCCCCGGCAUCAUCAUCACCGUCCUCUUCUACUUUGACCACGAGAUCAGUAGCAUCAUCUGUACGGCCAAGAGGUACGGCACCCAGAAGCCGGGCGGGUACGCGUGGGACGUCAUGCUCCUGGGCAUCACGACAAUCAUGUGCGGCAUCCUUGGCAUCCCGCCCGCCAACGGCCUCCUCCCGCAGGCGCCGCUCCAUUCCGAGUCACUCAUGUACACCGUCUACGAGGACCCGCCGCCCGUCGACGAAGAAGCCGAGGAGGAAGGGCCUGGCGAGGGACCCCCCGCGAAGCCCGUCCAGCGCGUCCAUGAGCAGCGGUACUCGGCCUUUCUGCAGGCAGCGGGUAUCCUGCUCUUCAUCUCGCCGCCCUUCCAGCACGUGCUAGGUUUCACGCCGACCUCGGUCCUCGCGGGGCUCUUCAUGUUCAUGGGCUUCCAGUCGCUGUCUGUGAACCCGAUCCUGACGAGGAUCUGGCAGCUCCUGACGCCCAUUUCGGAGCUGCCUGCCUUGCCUCACGGCGCCAGCUGGAUGGGGAUCCAUUGCUACACGCUCGCGCAGAUUGUGCUUACGGGUAUAGUCUUUGGCGUCACGUUGACUGUUGCCGCGCCCGGAUUCCCUAUUAUCAUCAUCAUUCUGGUGCCUGUGCGGCUGUUCUUUAUGAAUAAGAUUUGGAGCCGGCAGACGUUGCGGUACGUUGAUGGGUGGGCGACUCGAGAGGGGAAGCCCGAGGAUAAUGAGAGUGAUCGGCGUCGGGAGGGUUUGGUUGCGUCGAGUGAGACAUCUAGACGGGUUCCUGAUGAGGAAAGGGGGUCCAAGACGGGGUGA